AUUAAAAAAUUUGGUGACAGCAGACAGAAUCUUCUCAGGUAGUAAAGUAAAACACUGUAAUAUAUUAUUUAAUUUUUCAAUAUUUAUGUAAACAAAUAGCAUGCCUUUUUGAAUUAUAUUGAUGAACAGAACUUAAUAUAAUUCAAUAUAUAUAUUAGUGUCCCUAAAAUGUUAAGAACACUUAAGAAAACUCCUGGCUUGGUUACUAACCUGCAAAAUCGGCUAGUAUUUCCAGAAAAACUGAAAGGUACUAUAAUAGAGAAAUUGGCAAAUUACUGGAAGAAUUUAUUUAUCGAUUAUAAACAAAUGUUACAAGAUUUACGGACAGAUAUUCAAGAUGAUCCACGGAAGGCACUAAAGUGGUGCACUGGCUUAACUACGCUUUAUUUUUUGGCUAAAAACAAUCCUACAGAGACAGAUUAUAAAGAUAAAGCGAAAAGUAUUACAAAUGAAGUAAUUUUAGUAAGUGAAGACUGCAGAAAUACAAAAUCAAUAGACCACCUGAGAAACAUUCAACAAAGUUAUAAUGAAGGAGUAUUACAUUAUGUAAGUUUCGGUAUUGUCUCCUUUAUGUAUACCACAGAUUUAAAUGAUGGGUGUGAUUUGUAUAAAGCGCACUGCUCUUAUUUACAACCCAAAUAUACCUCAAUUUUGUCAAAAAUAUCUGAUGUUGGUAUUAUGGGUAGAUGGUGGAAUAUUUUCAUUAAAACAACAAACUUUGAUGUUAAAGAUUAGAUGUUAUAGCUGUUGUGUUUAUGAUAGCAAAGAUUAGGAUAUAUAAAAAAAACUGCAAUAAAAGAUGUUUUAUUUUU